GUCAACGCUCAACGUCAAACAUGACAAGUAAACAGUAAACGUAUGCCAAAAUUCGCGUAAAUAACUAAAUAAUUUAUGUUUAACCCAUUUAAUAAUUGUUUGUAUCUUUAAUAAUAUUCCAAAAUAUUCUUGAAAUAUACUGCAACCACUCAAUAUGGACUCCAUCACCCCAUUUAAUGACAUUAUCAUGGGGAAAGCAAGAACAGCAGGUGAUGGUAUGGAAUCUGAAGAAAAAAUCACGGAAACGAAGCAAAAAGUUGAUGUUAAGCCUAUUCAAAUAGUGAAAAAAAAAGAAUCACUCUCUGGAGGACGACUUAUCCAAGUAUAUGCAACGAAAGUCUUUUCAACAGAAAAGAAAACCCAUAUUUAUUCCAAGAACCCAAAAUUUGUGCCAUAUGAGCCUUAUCCUGCAGCUGUUAAACCAAUGAACCCAAAGACAGUUUCGAAAAGCACAAAGAAGUCAAGAAAUCAUAUGGACAUAAACACUCUUGUGUCUCAGAUGUCACAAAUGAACACAAAUUUAAACGAGUUUAAGCCAAGAUUGAAGCACAUGACAAGCAGUGACAAAGCCAAUCAGAAUAAAACACAUGAUGAUGAAAUGCAGAAAAAGAUUGAUGCAUUAACAAAAGAGAAUGAGAGUUUGAAUGAGCAGUUAAGGCAGCAAGUUCAGGUAAAUAAGGAAUUGAAAACUAUGCUGGUAGCGUCAAUGGGUGAGGAUUUGGAGACGCAAGUGCAAUCAUUAAAUGAAGAUAAGAAACACUUGGCCAAUGCUUUAAUUAAUUCAGCACAACAUCUAUCUACACAUCAGGAACAGACUGAAUGGCUUGCUGGUCAGUGUGAAGUAUGGAGAAGCAAAUUUUUAGCUAGCAGUUUGCUGAUAGAAGAGUUAGCAGCAUGCAAGAAGAUACUAAAUGAGAAAACUGCUAAUUUACAACAAGCAAUCAAACAAUUACUAGACGAACGAUGCAGGGUGCGAGACAUGAUGCUGUGCACAUAUAAAAACUUAUACAGCCUCCAUGAAAGGUGGUUAGAGAACAUAGCAGUUUCAGAAUAUAUGGGGAGUAAGAAGUUAUGUAACAGGCCAAUCGGUAACCUUAACUUCAGUGCGACUAUACCUCACUCAACAAAUGUAUUGGACGUGGCAUUAGUGAACAUGAAGCUGGCUGAAAAUAUAAGCAGCGAUGUAUGUAAGCAGGAUAUUGGACAUUUGGAUAACCUAGCCAGUGUUACGGAUGGAGAGAAGUUUGCAGAACAGGUAAUGGCAAUGCCAAUAGAUGUGAAGCGCCUUAACGAAGAACCGGUGAACGCGCUCGUGCACCACGCGUACAGUAAUAGUGGCAACGUCGCACCGCCGGUCGCGUCAUGCGUACAUUGUAACGGGAAAGUGCAGUUGUUGUAAAUUGUGGAAAAUGCUUGUAAAUAAAAGAAAAAAAAUGUUUAUUUUGUAAAUAUGUAUAACAAUAAAAUAUUAAAUAUUUUAUAAUCAACUCAGAUUUAAUACAGUAAUAUUAUGUACAUUUUCAUUUUUCAAAUUCAUACUUAUGAAAAAUAUAAUUCAUGUCGAGUCAAUGAUGUUAUAAAUAAAAAGAUGUAGAAUGUAGGUAGUUUAUUAGAACUCUGGAAGUCGGUUGUCUCUUUCACUCACGAUAGUUGAAUCGUGCCAUCUUACUUUGACGUCUAAUCGUAUACGUACGAUAUUUUGUAAGAUAUUUUGGCGUUUUUGAAUAUCGAAUGUUUUGUGAGUAACUUAUUUACCAACACCUUUUUACUAUCAUCAUUGAUGUGGA